AUGAAAGUUGAAAAAAUCAAUAAAGAAGACUUGCAAUCAAUAUCAUUAUUUGAAAUCAGUUUGUCUUCCAGAUCUACACUUCAAACAUCACAUCCAACAAAAUACAAAUCCACAGUGGUUGAAGAACAAUACCUGAAACAGCUUGAAGCAUACAAAGACUUCACUAUAUUAUCCAAAGAAGUUAUCAAUGAGCUGGUGGAAAAGUUGUCACAAUAUACUGAUUAUUGGACACCAAA